AGGGCUUAGUCUCAAAUGGCCGAAGAGAUAAGGUUUCCUAUCGUCAUCCUCAAUGCAUCUGGAAUCAAUCGAUUUGUUCGGUAUGCACAUAUAGCACCGGCACCGCCGCUGCGUACCAGUGUAACCGGGAGAAGGAGAGACCGGGGGUGGGCGGGUGGCGCCAGAGGGCUUGCUCGUCCAACGCCGCGCGCCAGAAGGCGCUGCCUGGCGUCGCUGCGUCCUCGGCCGCUGCGUCGACGUUGCUGUAGUGUCGUGGGCUGGUCGUGCUACCGGUGCCGCCGCGGUGGAGAUCGCCGUUCUAGGCGCCGGCCAUUGGUUACCCCGAGGACAUGCCGCCUGUACUGGAGGGUAUGCCGCGCUGUGGUCGUGCUCCGCCUGAGGGAGGAGCGCCGCGUCGAAUGCUGCAUCCGAGAGGUGGAGGACGCCGUCGUCGCCAAACGCCGAGAAGCAUGUCCAUUGAUUACUGCUGUGGACGGAGGACGGGAAUAUGGCUAAUCGAAUCGGCGGCAUUCUUCUCUUCUCCUGCUGUAGAACUAACCUAAUUCUUCGGCCAGGUUGAUUUUUAGGACUCCUAGCUAGCUCAUAAUUAUCUUGCCAGGUCGAUCGCUACGACUCCUACCUGGUCUACUAGUUUGCAUGUUUGUUUUUUCCGAUUGGACCUAGCUGGUCAGGUUUCUGCGAAACGUUCAUAUAUCCUUUCAAAUUCGAGCCGUCAAUUUGUAUGUUUACAGUUUUGUUAAAGCACAUCUAGAUGUAUCAUAAGUAUUGUACAUCUAAAUUUUAUGUCAUUGAUCUUACAUCGA